CAUAUCUCCUAAAACCCUCUCUCUCUCUCUAAUCUUUUCUCAUGUUCUCUCUCACCUAAGCAACAAUGGCGUCUGCUUCGAAAUUCUUACAGUUGGGUACUGCACUCUUCCGUGGCCACAAAGCUCCAUCCCAACUACACCCUUCCAUUAUCUACUCGGCGAAACCUUUUAUUCCUUCACAAUCCCAAUCCUUGCGCUUCCCCACCAGUAGUAGCUACUGUUCCUCCGCUGCCGUUGAUACUGUCACCGCCUUAGACGGCGCCGAAGACUCUCGUCACCCCUGGCCCGAAUGGACGGCCUUCGUCGACCGAUUGACCACCAAGGGUUACUUCAGCGAAACCCUUGCUGAAGAUGAGGCUGACAGUCUUUACAAGAAUAUGAACCUUUUGAAAGACCCAUGUCUCAGCUUCGCUCGUGACCGUUACGAUGUUCUCAAAUCAUUGUCGACGAAAGAUAUUGAGGUGAUUGUUGGAAGUGGAUGUCCUAAUCUGCUAAGGAAAGCUGUUAAUUCAGCUAAAAGAUUGAGAGCCUAUGUCAGACUCGAUGAAGGGGAUGUUUGUAGUGCUUGCAAUCUACGAGGUUCCUGUGAUAGAGCUUAUACAAUAUUGAAGGAAUUUGAAGCAGAUGCCCGGACAGUGGAUAUAGUGCGUGUAUUGCUCUUUUAUGCUCUAGAUCCAAUUGUUAUCUCAGGGGGUGAAAAACCUGUAGGUAGAGAGCUUGUUGAAUCAUCCGCAAGAAAACUACUUUCGGAGUUGCUUGAGCUCAGUGAAACGUCGGUUGAUCCGUCACUUCCAAAGCCUGCUGCCAAAGUUCCGAAGCAGAAAGAAAAAUCGUUGAGUUUGACAGAUGAUGAUAUGUCCAAUAACGUUGAAAUGAAGAGAGGAGAUUGGAUAUGUCCUAAUUGCAAUUUUAUGAACUUCUCCAAAAAUUUACGUUGCCUAAAAUGCAAGCAUGAUGGUCCUAAAAGUGCUGGCAAAAGCGAGUUUGAAAUAAAGAAAGGAGAUUGGAGCUGUCCCGAAUGCAAUUUCACCAAUUUUGCUAGAAAUAUCCGCUGCCUGAAGUGCAAAGCUGAGGGACCAAAGAAGUCUGGAGGAAGUGAUAUUGAAAUGAAGAAAGGUGAUUGGAAUUGUCCAAAGUGUGAGUUCAUGAAUUUCGCAAGCAAUGCAAAAUGUCUACGUUGUCUUGAGUCACGGCCCAAGAGACUGUUAAAUCCUGGGGAGUGGGAAUGUCCCUCAUGUGAUUUCUUGAAUUAUAGAAGAAACACAGCCUGCCUGAAGUGCAAGUGUGACCGCCCUAAAGAAGCCGCAAGUAGCGAGUACCAGGAGAAUAUUUGGAGGCGCCCUCGCUAGCUUUUGUGUACUUCUACUGAUGCCCAAACACAGUUGGGUGACGUUAACGAGGCAGUGUUAAGCUAUUGUUACUUACAAUGAUCAUUAGGUUUUAUUCACGACACAUCAGGCUCGAGUCCCCCUCCACAAGAAACUGCUGGUUUAGCGUAGCUGUUGGUGCUUUUAUUGCUUCUACAAGACUACAACUGAGAGAACUGCGACGGCACAAAAUGUCUUCCAUAAGAAUUGACAAGGUGAAUUUAGACUCAAUAUAGCAUAAAAAUUUCAGUAACUUUAUGUUCAUGUUCAGCGUGAGCACAUUUUUGGGCUAUUAUAAAUUGUAAUUUCUUUCCAAUUCAAUUUUUGUACUUAAAACUGUUUGAAAUUAGCUGGUAAAACCGGCACUUGAAACUUUUGUUUUAGAUUCCAAUUUUUGGGUUCCUACCUACAGCUCACAACUUUGUAUAAUGGAAAAACCAGAUGAACUAGAUGAACUAUAUUGUAAUGGAAAAACUCCAAACUGUAAAGAACAAA